AUGCCCUCAGCCGCAGACAUCAGAGCACUUGGCUGCGAAUACGGUCGACUUGAUCAAAGAGGCCUAGGCUCUCGAGUACCAAAAAUAAUAGCUGCAUUCGGCAAAGGCAUGGUGACCGAGUCAUCACCCAUCGUUUCGAUAUUCGCGCAGCUGAAAUACAAUAUUAACACUGUUAACGAAUACAUUUCCGCGACUUUGCUUCCGAUCCGCUGCAAGCCCAUUUUCAGCAAGAUCGUCUCCGAGCACGCUGAGAACAAUCACUCGCAGUUUACAGUCCCAGGAGGGCUGAUUGGUGUUGGGACCAAGAUUGACUCUACGCUAUGCAGAGCGGAUCAUCUUGUUGGUCAAGUGUUGGGUGCGGUCGAGAAGCCCCCAAAGGUCUACACUGGUUGGGGAAGUGUACAGUGUGGAACGGUGUUAGAGUUGAACUGA